CUCAGACGGUGCAGCGCUUCAGUAGGGACGCUAGUGGGGACAUUACAAUCUACUGGCCGCCCUUACACACACCAUCUUCGGAAGUGCAGUGUUUUGAAUUCUUGACCUAACUGGAACCUGGAAGACACUCAUCAGCACUGUCUGUCAGUGGGAAUUUUGGAAUGGAAUAGCAGAGAUGAAUUCCUUCAAGCUUGUGACUGGACACUUUAAGGUGGAGAAAAAAAUCUAACUGCAACAUCUUGGCUUGCUUUUUAUUCUCCUUGACCUUGGCUAGGGUUUGGACCAUGCCCAGUCGAAGACCUUUAGAUUGCUAACGCCACAACCCUGCAGAAGCCUAGAUCUACUAGCACAGAACAAUAAGUCACCCUAACAGAACAAUGGCCGCCACUCAGUCUGCAUACACAGACGCUUCUCCAACAGCAGAGCCUUUCACAGCCUCCUCCUCUUCCUCGCCGUCCUACCUGAUGGAAAUUUAUGAGGAUUACCAAAACAACGCUGUCCUCCAGGAACACUAUAAUUACACUGGGAAACUGAAGCAAGACCGAUACAAGGACGGCCUCAAACCGGAGGCCAUUGCCUUCCUUCUGAUCUGUUUGCUUAUUGUGCUAGAAAAUGCCAUUGUGCUGGUGGCCAUCUGGAAGAAUAAGAAGUUCCACCUGCCCAUGUACUAUUUAUUGGGCAACCUGACUUUGUCAGACCUUCUAGCUGGCUUCACCUACAUGGUCAAUAUAUUGAUGUCAGGGGCCAACACCCUCAAGCUGACCCCGCUGCUGUGGUUCCUUCGGGAGGCCGGGGUCUUUGUCACGCUGUCUGCCUCCGUGAUCAGCCUCCUGGCAAUUGCCAUCGAACGGCACAUCACUAUGAUAAAGAUGAAGCCCUACCACGGCGCCAAACGAAACCGUAUGUUUGCCCUGAUCGGCGCCAGCUGGGCGCUGUCCGUAUUGCUUGGCGUGCUGCCCAUAAUGGGCUGGAACUGCCUUGGUGAGUUGCAGCUCUGCUCCACUGUGCUGCCGCUCUACGCCAAGAGCUACGUGCUCUUCUGCGUGUCAGUGUUCAGUGCUGUGCUGCUGGCCAUCGUGGUGCUGUACCUGCGCGUGUUCCUCACGGUCAAGUCCAACACACGCCGGCUGGGAAGUCUGCAGCGCAAGGGCUCAGUGCGCCGCUCGCAGAAGUACAUGGCCCUGCUCAAGACGGUUACCAUCGUGCUGGGUGCCUUCAUCGCCUGCUGGCUGCCGCUCUUUGUCCUCCUGCUGCUCGACUUCAUAUGCGACAUUGGUGGCUGCAGCAUCCUGUUCAAGGCGGACUACUUCCUGGUUGUGGCGAUGGUCAACUCGCUGAUCAACCCUGUGAUAUACACGUUGACAAGCAGGGACAUACGCAAAGCCAUCCUCAAGCUCCUCUGUCGCCACUGCCUGAUCACCAAGGACGGGCAGGUGAAGAAGUUUGGCAUGCCUUUCCUGGAGUGCAGCUUUAGCAAGACAGAGCAGACUGCACCCCAAGGCCUGGAGACCACCAUUUCGUCUGGGAACGGCACGUCCUCCCCCAUACGAACAAUUUACCCAAAACCCAAAUCCGUCAAGCUGUGAGCACUCGGCCUGUCGCCAGGUGCAGUUACGUGGCGUAAAUUUGCUUAAUGCCCUGAGGAAGGCCUCAAGCUUAUGGGCACAGCCUUUAAAGAUGAUCUAAAUGUUUGAGAGUCCUGAGGACAGGUGGUGCUUGCACGCAAGCAAUCACAAGUAAAGCAGGAGCUCUAGCAAGUUUGCGCUGAGUAAGCCAUUAUUAAGUCAGAUCAAAGAACUAGCUCUGUUUGACCACAGUCAUGGAAAGCAUCAGACAGAUUGCUUCUCCCAGCAUGAGAACCUGUCAUGGGCGCCUUUUCUCCAUGAUCUUGUAAAGGUCCAAUAUGAAGGACACACAGGGCUGAAACACUCUUUGUGGGGCUGGCCAAAUAUGAACACAGACAGAACUGUGGCAUCUUGGGUUGAGAGCAGUGCGUAAAUUCCAAAUCAGGUAUGGCCGGACAGUAGUACCACCAAAAUGUCCAAUAACACCACCUCUGCACCCAAAAGACAGUACCCAACCAUAGUGUGUCUUUGUCCUUCUCUGUUUUAGAACACACUGUGAGUCUGUAGGAGGCCAGCACCAAAGGAUUCAAUAAACUCUGUACAAGCGCAGACUUGCUAACUGGCAAUCACUAGUUCAAAAGUCAGAUAACUUUAGAAGCAUUAGAAUAUGUUGAGUAAUGAACAAAUGUACAGAAUCUUGUGUAAAAAACUAAGGCAGUUAAUAGAUCUUGUUCGGUGGCACAGACACAGGAAUCACAAAGCCAAUGAAGAAUGGAGGCCUGGUAGAAUAACCCCUUGAGAAUUUCUGCAGGGAGACAGAGGCCUUAUAUUGUAAGCACUUGGAAUUAACAUAAAAGUUGUUGUUGUUGUUGUUUGGUUGCUUUUGUUGUUUUUGGCAAGGUCCAAAAUUUCAAUAGGAAUAUGCUGCAGUCCUGUAAGUCACAGUCCACCAACAUAGCCUUUACAGUGAGACAACCACUAUUUCAGUGCAGAUCAUUUCCAUCUGAUUGUUCUCUCAGUCUGUCACUAAAGCCAAUGUGUCAUUCAGGUCAUGCAGUGCCAGUGCCGGUAUGGUGUGAGAGUCAGUAUGAUGAAGACGAUGCUGUAUUACAGCUAAUGCAAUGCACACCCGUUGACCACAGGAGAUUAAAUCAGCAUGUUGCCCUGGUAAUGUGAGAAGCAAAGUUGCCGCUUUUUUAGGAAGCCUGCAAACAUCGCAAGGCACUGUGAUCACUCUUCCCAUGAACUAUGGUCAGACAACUGGCUUUAUUUCUUGAAUGUAAGUUAUAUUUCAGUCAGGGGGUAGCACUGUGUACAGUUGUUUGUUGGGUUUUUCUUGCAUUACAAUGCAUUUGAAAGGCAAAUGAGCAUUAAUUGGAUUGUUACAUCUGCACAGAAUGUUUUUUAAUGUAUUUUUUUACUUGUUGAACUGAUCCUAAAUUAUGUGCUUUUUUGCAGUUUAACACUUUUAAA